AUUUUUUCGAUUAGAGUUAAAAUUUUAAUUCCAAUAAAUACUUUUGCAGGUUAUUUAGAUCUUACAUUCCUUCAAUCAAAUAAUGAAUAGAGUUCUGAUGGAACGUUGUGUUCAAUGGUGUUGGAUAUAAAGUAAAAUCACCGACAACAAUAGAUGAUAAUUGGAUAAUAUCACGAAUUGAGUGAAUUGAAAGAUAUAUGGUGAGACAACACGUGGACGUAAUUAGGGAGUUUCCAGAACAUCCCGAAAAGUACGUAUUUAAAUAUUCUUCUAUUAACCUUUCGUCAAGCCAAAUGCAGGUCUUAUCAUUGUGUCCCAAGUUCUGUAACAGCACCUCCAAAACCAAUAGACUUCAUACUCAAAUGCAAUUCGAAAAUCUAUCAAACCAAACUCAUGAUCAUGUGCCGACAUCCCCACAAGAUCUUCAGCAUUUUAAAUCCACAUUAGUAGAUUGUAGUCAUGGAUACAUUAAUAUACAAUGUGGUAAGAAUAACUUAUUAACUAAGAACCAUUUGGACCAGUUAAUGCUCCUGAAAACUAAUAAAAAUUUGAUUCCAAAUAAACCUUACAAAGGAACUGGUGUAGUACUACUUGACCGCCAAGAAUAUUUGGAUAAAAUGAGGUUAAUCCUAGAGGAUGUUACUAAAUUUUCCAAACCUAAAGGAGGAGUUGACAAAACACUGCAAAUUGAAAAACAGCUAACAGAUGUUGUCAAAAAUCUUAAGAAUAAGAGGAUAAUAACCCCAGACUUAUAUGAUCACAUACUUCCGAUGGGUUCGAUCAUCCCGCGCUUAUAUGGACUACCGAAAGCACAUAAACCUGGUUUACCGUCACGACCUAUUUUGGAUAUGUCGAGUUCAUCAUAUCAUCGAAUCGCCCAAUGGUUGGCUGAAAAAUUGGAACCAGUUAGAAGGCAAGUAUCUAAAUAUUCUAUUCUAUUUAUUGAUCGUAUUAAGGAGGUUAGUACUUCCGGAAAACAAAUGUUCUCGCUUGACGUUAACUCUGUUCACUAGUGUACAUUUAACCGAAACCAUAUGCUAUGUAUGUGACUAUAAU